CUAGUUUCAAGGCUGGCUGGAUAGGUUUACUCUCGUUCUUCCGAAGACAGGUCAUCUAGUCAGCUGCGGUUUUUGUUGAUGUAUACUUAUGGAGAACCAAACUUUUGCAGCAAGUUAUCAUCGUUACGGUAGCCAAGAGCAGCUGGUUACAGAAAUGAACGACAAUGAUGAAGAAGAUGACGAUUUUGAUGAAGAAGAUGAUGAAGAUCUCGAAGACUGCGAGGAUCUGAGAGAACAGGCGUACGACUUUGUUCAAGUCGCUGUUUCUCCUAAGCAUAUUCAUUUUGUUACCGACGCUUCUCUCAGUUCGUGGAGUGAUCCAGAGGAGGUCUUGGAAAGAAGCACUCGUUUAGGGAAAUUCCGAGAGUCCCUCAAAAGAGUUGUGGAGCAUUUUUGUGUCAGAGUGUUCAGUCUCCUAUUAGUAUUGGCAGAUAUUAUUAUUGUCAUUGUUGACUUGGCCACUGCAGGAAAAGAUGAAAGGAUUCUGGAAAUAUUAUCCAUUUUAAUAGUCACCUACUUCUUAAUUGAGGUCCUUUUAAGGAUUUUUGCUUUAGGGGAAGCCUUCUUCCACAGAUGGCUUGAAAUCUUAGAUCUGAUUGUAGUUGUGGUUUCAUUCAUUCUCACUCUGACCUUUUCUCUCCUGACACUAGAAGAACAUGGCUAUGCAAAACUCAUUAUUACUGCCCGUCUUGUGCGGAUAUUGCUGUUUAUUAGAAUUGUCACAGGAAAAGACCAAAUAGAAAGAGCUACAAGAAGAAUGGUAUCACAGAACAAAAGGAGAUAUCAAAAGGAUGGUUUUGAUUUAGACUUGACCUAUGUUACAGACAGAGUUAUAGCCAUGUCAUUCCCAUCUUCUGGAAAACACAAGUUAUACCGCAAUCCUAUGUCAGAAGUUGUGCGAUUCUUGGAUACAAAACAUCCAGACCACUACAAAGUCUACAAUUUAUGCAGUGAGAGAAGCUAUGAUCCAUCUGUGUUCCAUAACAGAGUAGAGCGAGUUCUUAUUGAUGACCACAAUGUACCUAGACUUAGUCAAUUGUUGUAUUUUACACAUAAUGUGAGAGAAUGGCUGGACAGAGACCCUAAUAAUGUUAUUGCUGUUCAUUGUAAAGGAGGAAAAGGUAGAACAGGGACUGCAAUAUGUGCUUGGCUCAUUGCUAGUGGUCAGUUUGAGCAAGCAAAGCACAGCCUGGAAUAUUUUGGACACAGGAGAACUGAUUAUUCUGUAGGAAAUAAAUAUCAAGGAGUGCAGACACCCAGUCAGAGUCGUUUUGUAGGUUACCUGGAACAAGUGUUUACCAAGUUAAAUGGUCGACUUCCAGCAUCUGUGUCUUAUCGUAUUAAAAACAUCAAGAUUGAUGCAAUAUCUGGUGUUGGAGAUGGAAAUGGAAAAGAUCUUUCUUUUGAGAUGAUUAUCAAUGGUAGCACUGUUACUACACUAGAUCUAUCAAAUUCACGUCAAGGACAGCUACAGCACCUUAGAGAUCUUGACAAAGUAGUCAUUAUUCUCUAUGAGGCAGAAUCCCCAACUCUCACAGGAGACAUUAAAAUGAAGUUUUACUCAUCUAAUCCAAAUGUUCCAAAAGAGUAUGACCAGUGUGCUUUCUUCUUUUGGUUUCACACAAGUUUCAUUGAGAACUCCAGAUUGUUUUUACGUCGUGGAGAGUUGGAUAAUCCCCACAAACCCAAAACGUGGAAAACAUACAAAGAGAAUUUUGCUGUGGAUAUUACUUUUACAAAACUUUGAAGACAGCAAACUAAGACAACUUAAUGAUGAAGAUAUGGAGUGAGUCAACAAUUUGCAUCAAGAGGAAGCAAAUAUCAUCAAUUAAUUAGAGGGACAUGGAUUAGUUGGUUAAUAUGUAACAAGAUAUUCUGAACAUGAGAUAAAUCAUGGUGUCAGAAAAAAUUUCUUCAUUUUCUUUGUCUUUAUUACAGUACCUCCUUUUUCAGGAACAUCAUGAUAUCAGGGCUACAGCCACUACUUUCUUUUCUUUUUUUUAUCAGGUGGUGUAUCACAUGAUUUCUCCUUGCAAUAGUAUACUUAAAGUAGUAUAAACUUACUGCAUGACCUUGACUUUCAUUAGCUCUCAGCCAUGAGGCAAACAGUUGGUGUGUGAAAAACAGCAGGGUUCAGGCAAAGAAAACAAAAAAGGGACUGCAAGUGUUGAACACACAAGUACUACUGGUACUUGAAAUUAACCACCCAAAGGGUAUCCCAGGAGAUUUUCUUCUAGAAUGAGGUUUUGCACUAGCCAUCUUAUCUAUUUUUUUCAUGGACUGAGAGCUUGGAGAAUUCUGGAUUGUUAUUAAAAUUAAGUCAGGUCUCUGUUACAUUGAAGUAACUACAUCUGAUUCCAUUUCAUUAUGCAGUAAUAAAAAACCCAGCCCAGUAGGAAUUGGUUAUUUGCAGUUGCUGUAUUAAAUAACUUCUAUUUUUAUAUAUAGAAUGAUAACUAUUGAAAGAGGAUUUAUGAGCAGAUAAAGUUAAAGUUUAGAUGCGUAGUCAGGACUUGACACUGACGGUAGGCCACUAGCCAUGGACUAGUAGAAAUUCAGUUUUGGCUAGUGGUUUCCAGUUUCCACUAGCCAGUUUGGCUAGUAAACGAACUGACACUGUUGUAGCAUCUAAGAUGUCACCAGCCACUUGGCUAGUAAGUUGAAAAGUUAGUGUCGAGCCCUGAUAGUGAAUUCAUCACUUAUUUAAUAAGUAUUAUAGUAUCUAUAUAAAUGGUAGUUAAUUAAUCAGGGUAAAUCUAAUUUUUACAAAACAUAAUUAUGAUUUGGAGUGUUUAUUUAAAUCAAGAAGACUUGUUAAAUGUUCAGUUAGGCAACUUUUGUGUCCAGUAGUAUUUUGUUCACACAUUAUCAGCUUUUACAUUUUAUUUACACUUGCAAUGAUUUGGUUUAAUACUGUAUCAUUUCCUGGGGGAUUUGAAGAUGUUGUUUGCUAAGGAAUGAAAGAGGAUAUUACAUGCCUAACUUGCACAUGCUCAGUAAGAAGUCAACUUCAAUUUUUUUUCAUUUAUAUGUACUGUUCAUGAAAUAUUCUCAUUAACCAUAUAUUUUAAUUUCUUCAAUGUACCUAUGAAUAGGAAUACUCGAUGGCACCUCUGAUAUAGUUGUUAGGCUAAGUAUUAAUUUUUGUAGAAGUAAUUAUUUUUAAUCAAUAUUUUGAAAUAAUAAAGUUGACCAUUCUAUCAAACAGA